GUUUUUGACAGUUCACUCCACAUUUUUGUAUUCUGUGAAUAGUAUGUCGAAAAAAAGGCGUGGUUUCACGAAUAGAUAACUGCACAUGAUGAACCAGAUCUUAACUGAUUGUGUAAUGAAGAUCAAAUAUAUAUUUACCAGGAUUUAAUUACUCCACUUUAGACGCUAGAAACCUAACCUCAUCGUUGACAGAUGUGACAGUAGCACACGUGCGUAAAGGUCAAAAACAUUUUCAUUCUAUUUUAUGGUUUUAUUGUAGAUUGUAGAUUUUGUUUUAAAAAACAUCAUGGCAAAAGUGAAAAAUAAAAAAAGAUCCUCUUCUGAUAAAGUGCAUGCGAAAAAAGAGAAAUUGAACACCAAAAAGAGCUUAAAUCCGUUCGAAGUACAUAUAAAUAAGGAGAAGAUUCGUGUUGUUGGACAAAAACGGAAAAAUGAUCGUGGAUUGCCUGGUGUCUCUAGGGGUAAAGCUAUAGAAAAACGGAAGCGUACUUUGCUGCAGGAGUACAAGAUUCAAAAUAAAUCCAACCAGUUUAUGGAUAAACGCAUAGGUGAAAGAAAUGGUAAAUUAAGUGAAGAUGACAAAGUUAUGGCUCGAUUCACAGCUGUGAGAAUUAAAGCACAUAACAAGAAAAGUAUAUAUAACUUAGCAGAUGAUGAGGUAUUGACACAUAAGGGACAAACAUUAAGUGAAAUUGAAAAGUUUGAUGACCCUAGAUCUGAUGAUGAGGAUAGCUUUGAAGGCAAUAGUGGCAAACUUGAUAAGGAUUUUGUAGAAGAAGCUCAUUUUGGCGGAGGUGUAUUGAGAAAUACUGGAAGGGAAGGGGCUACGAGCCAUAAAGACUUGAUCAAUCAACUUAUAGCAGAGUCAAAAAAACGUAAAGCUGAAAAGCAGCAGAUUAAAGAAGAGACAUUGGAAUUGACUGAAAAGUUAGAUACUGAAUGGAAGGAUCUAAUUCCACUUGUAAACACAAACAAAAGUAAUGAUGAGGAGAUGCCUAAGCAAAAAAUGGAUGAUUAUGAUAAAAUUAUGAGAGAGUUAAGAUUUGAAGCAAGGGGUACUGUGUCUGAUAGGUUAAAAACUGAAGAUGAAAUAGCAAAAGAAGAGAAAGAAAAACUGGAGCAACUUGAGAAGGAAAGGUUAGAAAGGAUGAAGGGUAUAUUCACAGAUGAAAACAGCAAACCUACACAUAGAAGUGCAGAUGAUCUUGAUGAUGGUAUAUUCUAUGAAGAGAUCACUGAUGACAACUGCAUGCUCAGUUAUAAUAAGGAGGGAGAGGCAAAUAUGCAGAUUGAUGCGCAACUUAAUGGCAAAGAAAUCAAGAUUGACAAUGAAAAAGAUGAUAAAGAGGAUGAAGAUGAAAAUGGAAAUGAAAGUAGCUCAGAUGAAGAUAUGGAAACUGAAUCAGAAGACAGCUUUGCAGAUCUCAAGGAAGAAUCCAGUGAAAGUGAGGAAGAAGUAGAUGGAGAUGCUCAGGACCCAGAGAAAGUUAUAGAAAUAAAUGAUGAAUUGACAGAUCCAAAAGAACCAUCUAAUGAUGGGAGUGAAAAUAAAACGCCUACCACCACUGAAAGACAACAGAAUAUUCCUCCCCGUGAUUUACAAGACAAAAUAAAACAAGACCUGCUAAAACGCAAAGAACUGAUGGAGCAAGCUAGGAACGAAUUACCAUUCACAUUUUCUUUGCCUGAUACCUAUGAAUCUUUGCUGAAAUUAUUAGAAAAUCAACCUAGCCAUCACCAAGGUAACAUAACCAUUUGUUCUGGUAUUGAAAUUGAGUAAUUUGAUGCAGAAAUGAUACGGAUUAUGAAAGACUAUGUUUACAACGUCUUGCAUGCAGACUGGUUCACCAGAAACCAUGAGUUGUCCACCUAUAGCCCCACAAUACCCCCUUGUUCUGAUUUUGUAAUGUUUCAAGUAUAAAAAAUACUUGCUUAUUGAAUUAAGAUAAUCGGAUAUAACUGCUGCUUGUUAACACUUCCUAGAGGGACCCAUUUGUUUCUCCAAGAAACGCAUAAUUUGAAAGGUAUCAAAAAAGAGAUAGUAGUCCAGUCAUCUGGUCAUCAUAUCACUUAAGCAGAUUUUUGAAAAAAGAGAUGCUGCCCUGUCUGAUUAUAAUGCCAAAAAAAAACUCCAGAAAGGUUCUGCUAUUAUAAGGAGAUGAUGAAUUUCGCUCUAGCUUCCUUGCAGCGUGAAAAAGCAGCUAGCUUAUGUCUCACAUCUGCAGUCUAUAAAAACCUGGGCUGCAUUAAAGAGUAUCAAUCUCAGUUUUUCUUCGAGGCCUCUGAUACCCGAUUAUCUCAAUGAUGCCAACUUGAUAAAUGAUUAUUUUAUAACUGUUUAUGGUGAGGGUGAGCUAGAUGAUGUUACCUUUAAUUUCUACAAAAGUAACAGGUAUAAUCAUAAUAUUAACUUUUCGUUUAAAGACAUUGAUCCCUAUGUAAUUUACAGAACCAUCCAGCAGAUUAAAUCUGGUGCAAGAGCUUCUGAUGGAAUGAGUCUGGAUAUGUUAAACAUGUGUCUCCCUCGAGUUAUCUCCCACGUUACACAUAUUUUGAAUUUAUGCCUGGAAAAUCGAUAUUUUUCACAAUCAUGGAAACAUGCUUUAGUAAUACCUGUUCCCAAAAAUAGUAAGCCUCUCUGAUUUGAUUCCCAUAAACCUUUUUCCAUUAUUAUCGAAAAUUCUGGAGAAAUUAGCACAGCAACAGAUAAUCGAGUAUGUUGAAUCAUGCAGAAUAUUGCCAAAAAAUCAAUCGGACUGCCGUAAAUCUUACUCUACUACCGCUCUGCUUGAUAUAACACUAUAAUAGAUAAUAUAUUACGGGCUCAAGAUAAAAUAUUGCCUCAAUUUUGAUCUCGAUCGAUUACUCUAAAGCAUUCGACAAAUUAAAUCAUCAGCUGCUUCUUGCUAAAUUGGGAGAAUUUAGGUUGUGAUAAUAAAUCUAUAUCUUCACAGAAUAUUUGGCUAAUCGGCCCUAAUGUGUUGUCAUUAAUAAUACUUUUUUCUAACUCUACCAAUAUCAUAUCUGGUGUUCCACAAGGAUCUGUAUUGGGACCCUUGUUAUUUCUAAUAUAUAUUGCCGACUUGCCUUCUAUAGUAGCUAAUUCUACAAUACAGUCAUUCGCAGACGAUACUCAGUUGCUCUACCGUUUUGAUCUACAUGAUCAACAAGCAGCCGUCGAACUACAAGAAGAUAUUGAUGUUAAAUUCCUCAAAAUCCAAAAUCAUGUUAUUCUAUACUAAACGUGAGCGCAUCCUCCAAACGUUUCAUCCCAAAAUUGGAUCGGAACGAGUAGAAGUUAGUAAUGAGUGUAAAAUACUUGGCGUCACUUUAGAUAUUAACUUAAGAUUUGAAAGUCAUAUUUCUAGCAUAUUACAAAAAUUUUAUUGGAAAUUACGUGUUUUAUAUGCAAAGAGACGUGUUCUGCCGUCUGCAUUGCGAAAAAAACAAGGUGAAUCCCUAAUUAUCUCAAUUAUUAAUUACUGCAAUAUUCUUUACCAGCCUUGCUUGGAUCUGCUCAUUAAAAGACGUUUACAAGUGAUUCAAAACAACUGUCUCAGAUGCACGUGUCAUUUAAGAAAAUAUGACCAUGUUAGCCAUACUCACAACACUCUUG